AUGGUACUUUUACUAUCAGAUAACUGUUUACUUAUACAGGUCACAUCAUCUUCUGGUAUCCGGGUCGGUCUUACGGUUUCGAUGAUAUGCGAGACUGUGAUUAAAAAUGGUAAAACGUUAGAUGAGCUCAAUCGAGACGACAUUUUAUGUAAAGUUAUAUAUGUUUCUCAAGUUCAUCCUGGAGGAUGGGUACCGACUGCAGCAUUAAGACAAGUCUAUAAGAAGGAGUACCCGAAAUUCCUCCGAACUUUCACAAGUUACGUGCUUAAAAAUGUGAAGAACAAGCCUUUAAGUAUUUGA